ACAAUUUCUCACAAGUUUCUGGCAUACAAGUUCAAUAUUCAUCUCUUUUCUUGAUUUAUUUGCUACGAUUAGUUAGAUCAAUUGAUUCAUUCUGUCCUAGUUCCAAUUCAUCGAUCGUUAAAGUUCGUUAACUAAUCCCACAAAUUCGCCACUUUAGGGUUUAAUUAUCUCGCUUAUGAUUUGUUUCAGGAUUAUCCGUCCAACAGGACAAAGUUUGUGAGGAAAGGUUGAUUUUUAGUGCUUGCGAAUCUAAUAAUGAGUCAGAAAGGAUUGAUUUAUAGCUUUGUUGCAAAAGGGACUGUUGUCUUGGCUGAACACACAGCCUACUCUGGAAACGUCAGUACGGUUGCUGUUCAAUGUUUACAGAGGUUGCCUUCUAAUAGCAGUAGAUACACAUAUUCCUGUGAUGGCUACACCUUCAACUUCUUGCUUGAUAGUGGCUUUGUUUUCCUUGUUGUUGCGGAUGAAUCAGUUGGGAGGAGUGUGCCAUUUGUGUUUUUGGAGAGAAUAAAGGAUGAUUUUAAGAAGCGCUAUGGAGCAAGUAUUGGAAAUGAUCACCCACUUGCCGAUGAUAGCGAUGAUGAUUUAUUUGAAGAUCGGUUUAGUAUUGCCUAUAAUCUUGAUAGGGAGUUCGGGCCAAAGAUAAAGGAACACAUGGAGUAUUGUUUAAACCAUCCUGACGAAAUGAGUAAACUGUCUAAACUGAAGGCUCAAAUAACAGAGGUCAAAGGGAUUAUGAUGGACAACAUUGAGAAGGUUUUGGAUCGUGGUGAGAAGAUUGAAUUACUAGUGGAUAAGACAGAAAACCUUCAGUUCCAGGCGGACAGCUUCCAAAGGCAGGGAAGGCAACUACGAAGGAAGAUGUGGUUGCAGAAUCUCCAGAUGAAGCUGAUGGUAGGAGGAGCCAUUGCCAUUUUAAUCAUCAUAGUAUGGCUGAUGGCGUGUCGGGGAUUCAAAUGUUGAAUGGUUUCUAGGACGUAUCGUUUCUUGCUUUUGAUGUAUAAAUCAUGUUUUCGUGUUGCUGUUACUGUUACUGUAUAUGCACUCUAUUUUUCUGCAUAAUGAAAGAUGAUGAGUGAGGCGUAAACUUGAUAUAUAAUGCACAGCAACAACUGAUAUUGUUAUGUUUCCAUUCAAAUCAGCAUUUUCUGUUUCUUUA